CUCUAAUGUACACUGGCAAAUUGGCAAGAAUAUCACUGUUAACUACGGAGUAUAUUUCAAAAGAAUUAAUUUUGUGAAAACAUUUCUAAGAACCCUAGUCAGCCAGUUUAAAAGCUGGAUUCAUGCGCUUCACCUCCUCCCCCACACAACCAUUUCGUCUCCGUCGCCUCCUGAUCCACUCUCUCCACCUCUGCUCAAUGGCGCAGCCGGCUGCCGAGGCCGGCAGGGAUGCUUUCCGUCAGGCUGUCGCCAACACUCUCGAGCGCCGCCUGUUCUACACCCCCUCGUUUAAAAUUUACGGCGGUGUGACGGGUCUGUAUGACUACGGUCCUCCGGGGUCUGCUAUUAUGGCAAACGUCAUAGCUUUCUGGCGGCAGCACUUUGUUUUGGAAGAGAACAUGCUGGAAAUUAUCUGCCCGUCUGUGACACCUAAGCCUGUGUUGGAGGCUUCAGGCCAUGUCGACAAAUUUACUGAUCUUAUGGUUAAGGAUGAAAAGACAGGAACUUGUUAUCGAGCGGAUCAUUUGCUCAAGGAUUACUGCAACGAGAAACUGGAGAAGGACUUGGCUAUGCCUUCUGAAAAGGCUGCAGAAUUGAAACACGUGCUUGCUGUCUUGGAUGAUCUAUCUUCUGACCAAAUUGGUGCAAAAAUCAAGGAAUACGGUAUCACAGCACCUGAUACCAAGAACCCUCUAUCUGAUCCUUACCCAUUCAAUCUAAUGUUUCAGACUUCUAUAGGUCCAUCUGGAUUGAUCCCUGGUUUUUUCCGUCCUGAAACAGCACAGGGGAUAUUUGUGAAUUUCAAAGAUUUGUAUUAUUACAAUGGAAACAAGCUCCCUUUUGCUGCUGCUCAAAUUGGCCAGGCUUUUAGAAAUGAGAUUUCGCCAAGACAAGGGCUUCUCAGGGUCAGGGAGUUCACUCUAGCAGAAAUUGAGCAUUUUGUUGAUCCUCAGAACAAAUCUCACCCCAAAUUUUCAGAGGUUGCAACUUUGGAGAUUCUAAUGUUUCCCAGGAAAGAACAAGUGUCUGGCCAAUCUGCCAAAAUUUUUCAGCUAGGCGAAGCAGUAUCAAAUGGAAUUGUCGAUAAUGAAACACUUGGAUACUUUAUUGGGAGAGUCUACCUUUUCUUAACACUGAUCGGAAUAGAUCAACAUCGUUUGAGAUUUAGGCAACAUCUUGAAAAUGAGAUGGCCCACUAUGCACAAGAUUGCUGGGAUGCUGAAAUCGAGAGUUCUUAUGGUUGGGUAGAAUGUGUUGGUAUUGCUGAUCGAUCUGCAUAUGAUUUGCGAGCUCAUUCUGAAAAAAGUGGCACACUUCUUGUUGCUCAGGAAAAAUAUUUAAAACCUAAAGAAGUGGAGAAACUUGUUAUAACUCCAGUGAAGAAAGAGCUAGGUCUAGCCUUCAAAGGGAACCAGAAGAUGGUUGCCGAAGCUUUGGAGGCAAUGAAUGAAAAUGCUGCUAUGGAGAUGAAGGCUGAUCUGGAAUCAAAAGGGGAGGUGGAGUUUCAGAUCUGCACUCUAGGGAGAAGCGUGACAAUUAAGAAGAAUAUGGUGUCUAUAUCUAAAGAAAAGAAAAAAGAGCACCAAAGAGUAUUCACACCUUCUGUCAUCGAGCCCUCCUUUGGAAUUGGGAGGAUCAUAUAUUGUCUUUUUGAGCACUCGUUCUAUACUCGGCCUAGUAAAACUGGAGAUGAACAUCUUAAUGUAUUCCGGUUCCCACCCCUUGUUGCACCCAUCAAGUGUACUGUUUUCCCAUUGGUUCAGAAUGAAGAGUAUGAACAAGUAGCAAAAUCUAUCUCCAGAUCCCUGACUGCUUCUGGUAUUUCGCAUAAGAUUGACACGACAGGCACCUCGAUCGGGAAAAGGUAUGCGAGAACUGAUGAACUAGGUGUGCCGUUUGCCAUCACGGUCGAUUCAUCAUCUUCGGUAACAGUGAGAGAAAGAGACAGCAAGGAUCAGAUUCGCGUUAGCGUGGACAAGGUGGCAUCUGUGGUGAAGGAGGUGAGCGAUGGGCAGAAGAUGUGGGCUGACAUCUUGCAGAUCUAUCCCGUUCAUUCUUCGGGCUCUGCUGAGUGAGUGAUCCUGCUUCCCCUAUAUAGGCAGGUUAACAUGAUUUUGGUCUCCUCUCUUUCACUUGAAUUGUUCAACUUUUCUGUAACUUCCUCAGAAUCUCAUUUGUGAAGUGAUUUUGGGAGUAUCUAAAAUAUGUACUUGUGACUUAAAGUGGUUAUUUUGCUUCUUGUUGUCAUUCUUGUGUUUGUAAGUGAUGGGGAGAGAUGUUAAGUCAAUGGGAUUAGGAUUAUAGCUUUAACUGUAUCCUUCUCACUGAAUUCUCAUCUCUUGUGUUGACAGUUGAAACUCAAAGCAUUUAUUUUUCGUUGAAAUUUCCUAAAUGUGUGUUUU